GCAGUCCUGCACGGCACUCGGAAGCUCCGCAUCGGAGAGAAGGAAAAAGUGUGUUUGUAGGCUGGGCUGUGGUGCGAGUCGGGAUAGGAUAGAGGAUUGUUAUUCACACUGGGGAUAGGUGUGGUUGUUACUUUCUCAGUAUUAAAGCAUGAUCAGGUGCAAAAUUAACCAGUGCCUUUAGAAUUAGAAUUCAUCCACAAUGUCAACAGCCUGUAACUGGUUAAGCAUUUUCUUGUGCUUGAGGGGCACAGCCAAUAAUAAGAAGGCUAUUCAUCAGAUUCAUCCAAACCAGAAGUCAUUUGAUGCUGUUGUAGUCUGGAAAGGCAAAGCAGGUUUACAAAAGAGCACAGGUGGUGUGGCUUAUGACUACAUCUUAAAGCCAGCUGCUGAUGCAGCCCCAAAAAUCUCCUCCCCUCCUAAGGAAAAGCCCCUUACACACGAUGAAAUCUUUGAAAAGCUACAAAAGGCAGAGGCCAGAAGACAGUCUUUAGAAGCUCAAAAGUUAGAGUUUGUUGCAAAAGAAAAACAAAAAAUGCAGGAGGCCUUGUUAAAAUCCCAGAAAGAAGAAGAAGAGAAAGCAAAGGCUGCUCAGGCCAAGCUUAGGAGAUCCAUGGAGGUCACCAAAGAAAACCGAGAACAGCAAAUACAGAGUCUGCAAGAGAAACUACGUGAACAUCUGGCCAAAGUAAAUGAAGUGUGUAGAAAUAGUGAGACUGAGAGCAAAGAGCUAGAAGAUAAACUUGCCCAAAAGUAUGAGGCUUAUGAAGAAAACCGCAAAAACCAGCUUCAGUCUAUUGUCAAGCGCCUACAGGAUCAUGCAAAACAUAUUGAGGAAGUAUGCAAGGCUAGUGAGAAUAUGAGCAAGACCUCUGAGGAGAAAAUUAUCCAGAAAUUGGAGAAUGCCCUCAAGAACCGUGAAGAGCAUUUUAAAGCACUGCAAGAGAGACUUAAAGAUCAUGAGCGCAAAAUUGAGGAGGUGAGAAAGAACAAGAUGACCAUGUCUGCCUGCUCCAUGGAAGGAAGUGUGACCUGCUAGACUUCCAAAACACUCAAAUCAAGCACCAGCUUUUCUGCCUAACAGACAAUAUUUACAAUAUCACAGAUAAAAAUACAGAUAAUUGUAUGAAAGAAAUGAUAUUCUUUAUGCUAAAUUUUGGAUUACUGACAUUUAUAAUUCAUGAAGCUGAGAGAUUUUUGUUUCAUCAUCUAGAUUGUGAAAAUAUAUAUGGGAAGGCACAGGCCUGAGUGCUCAGAAAACAUUAGUGCUCAGUAAUUAGAAAAAGUGCUCUGUUGUUUUUGAAAACCAGUUUGGUGUUGCAGUUAUCAGUCCUCAACUUUGAAAGUUAAUAAUUCAAUAAAAAGAAUAUGUAUCCUCAUGGAUAGCUCUGCAAUAAUAUGUAUGUAGUGUUCAUUCAUUGUAAGUGUUAUUGGCACUCUCUUCAGCUUUCAUGAUCAGUUAGAAAUUGUACCCGAAACCUGAGCAGUUAAACACAUGUAUAUGCAUUUUAUGGUCGGUGAGAAACAUUGUACCUGAAAUUCCACCAGUUUAACAUAUGCAGCAGCAAUAUUAAUGAUAAUGAAGUGUUUAAAGAAUAGAGAUCUAUCAACCAUAUUCUACGUAGUGAUGUAAUACAUUUCUUGUCCAUAAUUUAAAUGUCUUUGUCAAAUUCGUUUGAUAAUGUUUUGCACUGUUAAGAAUUUUUAUGCUUGAGAUAAUUUUUACUAAUUUAGAUAUAUAUAUAUAUAUAAUAUAUAUAUACAUGGCAAUCAUCAACUUAACAGCUUCCUAGUUUGUUUAUGAAGAUGUCUUUAGCAAAUUUUGUAAAUUUUAUUCACUAUAAAUCUUCAGUAUGUAGCAUUAAGUAAUGCUUUUCAAAUUGUUGAAGAAGUGUCUGUAAAAUCCAGAGGAAUGUUUCAAAUCUUGUUCAGGUGUGUAGGCACACAAGUACCAUUGCAGUGGAAAUACACUAUCAUUACAGUGAAAAUACACUGUUUGCAAUGUAGCAUAGAUGGAAUACAACUGUCUUUGAUCUAAUACAGUGGUUAAAAAAAUUAUACGUUGUUCAAUUGGAGAUUAGUUAGAUUUAGUCAGUGUACCAAUAUAUGUAUAAUUGCGAUCUCGUUUUGAACACUGUGGAAUUUAGUUUUAGCUUUUGUAAUGUGGCUUGUAUUGAAUUAAUAAAGCCUGAAUGUACAGUU